AUGUGCCACACCAGCUGCUCCUCAGGCUGCCAGCCUGCCUGCUGUGUGUCCAGCCCCUGCCAGCCCUCCUGCUGUGUGUCCAGCCCCUGCCAGCCCUCCUGUUGUGUGUCCAGCCCCUGCCAGCCCUCCUGCUUUGUGUCCAGCCCCUGCCAGUCAUUCUGCUGCAGGCCUGCUAUCUGCAUUCCUGUGAGAUACCAGGCGGCCUGCUGUGUGCCCGUGAGCUGCAGACCCACUGUGUGCAUAGCUCCCUCCUGCCAGUCCUCUGUGUGUGUGCCUGUGAGCUGCCGGCCUGUCUGUGUGACCUCCUCCUGCCAGUCAUCCGGGUGCUGCCAGCCCUCCUGCCCCACCCUGGUCUGCAGACCCUCCUGCUGCUGA